AUGGAUAUGCGUCUUCCUGUCAUCUUUUUCCUUCUCUUUUGGGCUAAAGCCCGGACACUGACAAAUCUCAAUUAUUCCGUUCCAGAGGAGCAGGGACCUGGAACUGUUAUCGGAAACAUGGCUAAGGAUGCCGGAUUUGGACCGGUGGAGAGAGGGGGGAAAUCUAACUUUAGAGUUCUGGAGAAUUCUGCUCCACAUCUCAUUGAUGUGGAUCCGGAGAGUGGGCUGCUUUUUACCAAACAACGAAUCGACAGGGAGACAUUGUGCAGACGCAACCCCAAGUGUCAGCUCUCCAUGGAAGUGUUUGCCAACGACAAGGAAAUAUGCAUGAUCAAGAUUGAUGUAGUGGAUAUAAACGACAACUCUCCCAGUUUUCCCUCAGAUCACAUCAAUAUUGAUAUUUCAGAGAAUGCAGCUGCUGGGACACGUUUCCCUCUAACAAUUGCGCAUGACUCAGAUUCUGGGGGAAACGGAAUAAAGAGUUAUCAGGUCACCAGAGAUGAUUACAAUACAUUUUCUUUGGACUUGAAAUUGAGGGGCGAGGGAACCAUCUAUCCUGAAUUGGUGGUUCAGCGACCUCUAGAUAGGGAGGAUCAGUCCCAUCACACCCUCCUUUUGACAGCCAUUGAUGGAGGGGAGAAUCCAAGAUCAGGGUCCAUGCAAAUCAAUGUGAGAGUUACUGAUUCAAAUGAUAAUAGCCCCGUAUUUGACAAACCCGCCUAUGUGCUGGAGCUCCCUGAAAACUCACCACCUGGGAAAAUGCUGAUAGAUCUGAAUGCAACAGACCAAGAUGAGGGCAGCAAUGGACAGGUAGUCUAUUCUUUCAGUGGAUAUGCAUCUGAUAGAGUCCAGGAGUUGUUUUCUAUUGACCCCAACACAGGUGUCAUAAAGAUUCAGGGAGAAAUUGACUAUGAAGAGAAUCCGACCAUUGAAUUUGACGUGCAGGCCAAGGACCUGGGGCCUAACCCCAUCCCUGGCCAUUGUAAGAUUUCAGUCAAAGUGCUUGACAAGAAUGAUAAUUGGCCUGUCAUAAGUUUUGUUUCAGUCCGCCAGGGAGCUAUCAGUGAGGCAGCGCCUCCAGAAUCUGUCAUCGCCCUGGUGAGAGUCACUGAUAAAGAUUCUGGGAGAAAUGGCCAGCUCCAAUGUAGGGUGCUUGGCAAUGUACCAUUCAGGCUGCAGGAAAACAAUGACAAUUUUUACACUCUGCUCACAGACAGACCUCUAGACAGGGAACUGAAAGACGAAUAUAAUGUGACAAUAGUGGCCAGAGACAACGGAAUACCCUCCUUGAAUUACACCAAAUCGUUCACAGUGAAAAUCUUAGAUGAGAAUGAUAAUGCACCACGUUUCACCAAGACAAUCUAUAUGCUCCAGGUGCCUGAGAACAACAUACCAGGGGAGUACUUAGGCUCAGUUCUGGCUCAUGAUCCAGAUAUAGGUCGGAAUGGAACUGUGUCUUACUCCAUUUUGCCAUCGCACAUCGGAGACGUGUCAGUUUACACCUACGUGUCUGUCAAUCCUACCAACGGAGCCAUAUACGCCUCAAGGUCUUUCAACUACGAACAAACUAAGUUCUUUGAGUUCAAUGUUCAAGCUAAAGAUGCAGGGUCUCCUCAUAUGGAGAGCAGUGCCACAGUCAGGGUCGGUGUGCUUGACGUCAAUGACAAUCUACCAUUUAUUGUAUUACCCCUCCUGAUAAAUGACACUGCGGAAAUCAUGGUCCCUAGAAAUGUAGGCCUGGGGUACAUAGUGACCACCGUAAGAGCGGUCGACCACGACUACGGUGAGAGCGGUCGACUGACCUACGAGAUCUCAGAGGGUAACGAGGAGCACCUGUUUGAGAUGGACCCUGUGGCCGGUGAGGUCAGGACUGCCCAUGCUGUGUGGGAGGACGUGGCCUCAGCUGUAGAGCUGGUAGUGAAGGUAACCGAUCACGGCAAGCCCCCGCUUUCUGCUGUGGCUAAGCUGAUCAUUAAGGCCAACACAGGAGCCAUGGCAGGAGGGGAGUCCAGGGCUAGCGGGGAGCAGCAGCACUGGGACUUGUCCCUGCCCCUCAUCGUCACCCUCUGCAUCAUCUCUGUCAUGCUGCUGGCUGUCAUGACUGCCAUCGCUGUUAAGUCCAAGCAUCAAGAUAAGGAGGCUGGGAAUUAUAAGUGCCGCAUGGCUGAGUACUCCAACUCCAAUCCCCCGGUGGGGAAGGGCAAGAAGAAAAGGAUCAACAAGAACGAAAUCAUGCUGGUGCAGAGCGAGAUGGAGGAGAGGGACUCUGUGAGCAGGAUGAACGUGGUGAGCAGCCCGUCUCUCAUCACCUCGCCUAUCUGUUUCGACUACCAGACGACCAGCCCGCUGCCUCUCACGCUGCCCAGGUCAGAGGUCAUGUACCUCAAAACCACCUCCAACAGCCUGACGGCGCCUCGGGCUGGAUGUCACUCAAGCUUCGCGGGGCUUACCACAGAGACUACUAUGAAUAGAAUGUCAGUCAUACAGGUAAGAAACAGUAUCAUUGUACUGUAUUUUUUCAGCCUUUUAUUCUUCCUCAUUCUUUCAUGGUAUUCUAUACAAAUCUGCCACAAGAGAGGUAAUUGUUCAAAUCAAUACUCAGGCACCAUGCAAUCAGACAUCCUUGUUAUCGUUUGUAUUCCCUGUCUGGCGCCCUAUGAUGUUGCAAAUUGAAGGACAAAAAAUGCAGCAUGAUACAUCACAAGCAUAUUGAAGAAAUAAUAUCUGAAAAGAUACUGUAUUUUGAUACCGGUUGUUACUGUGCUAGAAUAGACUGUUUGUGAUCUACAUUUCCUCCACAGAGAUCCUAACCAUUUUGAAAUUGGCCCAUUAUGAAUCACUUCUAGCAGCACCUUACAGGUGGUCUAAAUAAUCAGAAAACCAUUUCUGUUAGAUAUGCAAACCAUGUGGGUCUUGGACUGCACUGUUAUGCUGCCACUGCCAGAUCCGCCUGCCACAAGAGUGAAAACAAAACCUUGCCUGAAGUCUGGGAUUGGCCAGGUGUUUGAACAGCUUGUCUGAUCACAUUAGUGAAAUAUUUUGUGCCAGACAGCUAGAUGCACACAGCAUAACCUUAUAAUCCCAUCUCUUGCCCUCCACAAACAUGGGCCAGUUCCACAAAUCCAAAUCCAAUGUUGGCAAGAUAAGGCCAUUAAUAGGGUCCAGCCCUGCCUUGUAAAAGAUGACAGGGCUGCUUAUGCAAGCCAGCAUAUUAAAUUGACAGGGAGUGCAUGUAAUUUUAUUUAGCACAGCAGUCUUUUCAGUUGUAAAUUAUGUAAAUAUCUAGGACAGUCUCCGAGACAGUCUCAUUUGGAGAUGAUAACACUGAUGACAAGAGCUGGCGCUGUCACCAGUUGCUAGGGCAUGUGGGUGUGAUCAAAACAAACACAUUAUUCUCAAGAUGAGAAAAAACAAGGAUGCAGAUGACAGUGGCUGAUGCAUUACUUCUCUCUCCCUCGCCAAACAGGCACAUAUGGACAUAAAGGAGAUUUGUUCUUAUCAGGGUGCCACUGAUAGCAGCUGCUCUCUCACACUGGAAUAUGCUUUAUUAAAGCUAGAGUCCUUAAUUUAAACAAUAACAAAGCGGAUACCCCGCCUCUGUUUUGAUAAAAAGCUGAGGUAUGGACCAUUGAGAAAUGUAGCCACUCUCAAAUUCAUACAGAGCAACAAAAAAAAUGGAUGUAGCAACAAGGAUUCAAUGUGUUCCUAAAUGAUUCAAAUGAACAGAUCGGAAUGCAGGCCAAGCCAUACUUAAUGGAGGUGUCCUUUGAAUAUGUCAUGUUGCUCAGAUAUACUGUUGCACACAGGAAAACAAUUCUGGCGCACAAUACACAAAUAAUUAUCUCUCUUCUAUUCUCAGACGGAUAAUUUUCCCUCGGAGCCCAAUUAUGCGGCCAACAGCCAGCCAUUUGCUCAAAGGUAAGGCCGCUAAAUGAUAACUACCUGACGACCGCCAUUUACAUUCUAGUCAAUAUCAAGCCAUCAGACCAUGCAUGUCAAAUAGGGCGCGAGGGCGAUCACAGGAAAGACAGACAGACACCACCACCAGUGAGUUAUGUUUUUUUUUUCUGUCUCCUCAUCCUGCAGCAGCUCAACAUUUAAGGAUGCAGAGCAAGCGAGCCUCCGAGACAGUGGCCAUGGUGAUAGUGACCAGGCUGAUAGUGACCAGGAUACUAAUAAAGGCUCCCACUGCGACACUUCUGCCAGGGAGGCCCUCAAGAUGAAAGCCACAGCAGUUAAUGGCCAGCCUCUCGAGCAGGGUGAGUGGAAGCUCUCGUUCUGUCUGACAUCUUGAAGAUGCUUAACGGACCCUUGUAUCAGACCCUUGUUUUCCCAAUCACCGCACCAAGCCAA